AUGAGAAGUCAUGCUAAGUAGUUAACGAUUAUAUAAGAUAAUCAUUUCUAAAAUCAAAUCUUAGAAAUAGCAAAGCUAAUACGUUCUGGUAAAUACAAAACUGGAUUUGCAUUAAUUAAUAAAGAAUUCGAAAGAUCAUUGAUUAUGCAAACAGGGUGGCGAAUUCGUAUUCAAUUACUAAGAAGAGGAAUAGUGUGUCUGAUCAAGAUUCUAAAGCAGUAUUCUAGAGAUGGGAACAAAUAAGAAUGUUCAUUAAACUUACAGAGAAAGUUACAACAAUUCCUUUUGUUUUACAUGGAAAUGUUAAACAACUAAGCCAAGGAAUAUAAAAAGUUUUACUUGAAGGAUAUUCUUUAUAGAUUUUCAUAAAUUUAAUUGCUGACAUUUUAAUUAUCAAAAUAACAUGAAGAUGUUAGAUGUGUACUUUAUUGGAAACCCAUUUGUUAUAAUAAGGAUUCUCGAUUCAAUAAGCUAAAAUUCUAGUAUAACUUAUUAGUUGGACAUCUGCAUUUUUAAUUUAAGUUAUUUAAACCUGCAAUUAAUUAUUACUUUGAAGCCAUAACUGAAUGUUAAUUUCUUUUGGCUGAUAUAAUUAAUCAAGAUUACCACCUUAAAAAUUUAGAGGAUUAAUAUUUUAAAGUAAUUUCAUGGAUUGUUUUUACACUCUACAUUGUUGGUUUUAUUUAUGAAUUACAAUCAGAUUACAAUAAAUUAUUGGAAACUUAUAAAAUCGCAUUAUGGUUGUCCAGAAUAACAAAUAAUAAUGGUUUGAGUACUUUUAUUGAAGAAUAGUAUAUUCGAUAUUCUCACUAGUAUAAAUAAUUCAUGAUAGAAUCAAAAGAAUUGAACUCAAUUUUGGCUCCAAUCUUCCCCCAAUCUAAUCAUAACGAUGUUGAGAUUAUAAGUAAUGAUUAUUGGACCAAAAUAAAUGAUGGAUUUUAUGGAAAAUAUAACAAAGAGAUUAAUCUACAGAUUUAUUCCAUAUUACAAUAACCUGAAGAAUCUCUUUGUAAUAAUAAAAAGCAAGUUCGAUUAACUGAAUAAGAAACUACUAUAUAAUCUUAUAUACACACUCCUCGUCAAUAUGAAAAAUGUAGAACUAUCAAUUCAUUGGAUGAUGUAAAAAUUAGUAAACAGACUACUAAUAAUCCUUCACCUUAACAUUCUCACAGAACUCCUGUUUUAACACAUUAAAAAAGCAAGUCUUUUAGGUUCACGACAGAUAUAGAUCAAAUUUUAAUGAGAGUUCCUCAUAGGGAAAUAGAAAACUUUUAAUCCCUAAAGGCUAAAAAAGAACUAGAUUUAUAUUAUUAAUAAAAAGUGCUCACUUCAUUUUAAGGUGAAAACUAGAUUAAAUCACUUAAAUCGGUGAAAUAAUAGAUAAAUUCAUAAGAAGAAAUUGAUAAAGUUUGUUAAUCAGAUCUAAUAGUUGGAAAAAAACUAUUAAAAUUCCAAAAGUAUACUCAUCAAAGAGUGGCAACUCAUUCGAAUAUUAUGAAAAUUGUAUCAGAUAUAUCUAAGGAAUAAGAACAUCUAGAAGGUAUUAAUAAAGCCAGGCUGGCUAUACAAGGAUCACACGAUAUAGAAAAUAAAAUGAGAUUAUAAAUACAAUAAAUAAUUAAAAAAAAGUCUAUUUAUAAUGAAGGAGAAUUAAUGAAUCUUAAGUCAUUAGUAUCGGAUUAUGAAUAAAACUUAUCCAAAUAAACUACAAUACAUGAAUAACCAACUGAGCAAUCACAAAUUUCUAAGAGAUUAAGGGAUAAAAAUAAUUUAAUUAUUAAAUCUAUUGAUUAAACUAUAAAGAGAGUGCCAUUAGAAUAACUCAAAACAAGAAAGUCUUUUUUGUCUCGUGUUUAAGAAAGUAUGCUUUAAAAAUGA